AACAGAAGCCGGGAAGGAAGUGUCCUGCCUCCUGCCAGUCAUGUCCAAGCUGGUCCCCUGCUUGCUCCUCCUAGGAUGCUUAGAUCCCCUCUUUGCUCUUCCCGUCCCUGACUCCAGGAAAGAGCCCCUGCUCUUCUCAGCACCUGAAGAUGUCAGAUCAGCUUGGGACGAGCUGGAAAGAGCCUCCCUUCUUCGGAUGCUGCCAGAGACGCCAGGUGCAGAGGCAGGAGAGGAUCUUAGGAAAGCAGAUGCCGGAAUGGACAUUUACCCAAGAGGAGGAAUGAGAAAGGCUUUCUCUGGACAAGAUCCUAACAUUUUUCUGAGUCACCUUUUGGCCAGAAUCAAGAAACCAUACAAGAAACGUGGGCCCCCCUCUGAAUGCUUCUGGAAAUACUGUGUCUGAAGUCACCUCAACAACAACCAUCUUAGAAAAUGUAAAAAAAGUGCUUGACUUGACAGCAGUGCAGAUGAAAAACCAGGCAAACCCUACCCUGUUCAUUAUUAUCUGGAAAAUAAACCCUUUGUGUUUGGCAAGU